UCCUGGCGGCCGGGGAUUUUCCAGCGCCUGGGAGCUGACGCCGCGGACCUCCCUGCGGCCGCCGCGGACCAUGGGCGACAAAGGGACACGAGUGUUCAAGAAGGCAAGCCCCAAUGGAAAGCUCACUGUCUACCUGGGGAAGCGGGACUUUGUGGACCACAUCGACCUCGUGGACCCUGUGGAUGGCGUGGUCCUGGUGGAUCCUGAAUAUCUCAAGGAAAGGCGAGUCUACGUGACGCUGACCUGCGCCUUCCGGUAUGGCCGGGAAGACCUGGAUGUCUUGGGUUUGACUUUUCGCAAGGACCUGUUUGUGGCCAACGUGCAGUCCUUCCCACCAGCCCCCGAGGACAAGAAGCCACUGACUCGGCUGCAGGAGCGGCUCAUCAAGAAACUGGGCGAGCACGCCUACCCCUUUACCUUCGAGAUCCCUCCAAACCUUCCAUGCUCGGUGACGUUGCAGCCAGGGCCUGAGGACACAGGAAAGGCCUGUGGUGUGGACUACGAAGUCAAAGCCUUCUGUGCUGAGAACCUGGAGGAGAAGAUCCACAAGAGGAAUUCAGUGCGGCUAGUCAUCCGGAAGGUUCAGUACGCCCCAGAGAGGCCUGGCCCUCAGCCUACCGCCGAGACCACCAGACAGUUCCUUAUGUCAGAUAAGCCCCUGCAUCUCGAGGCAUCUCUGGAUAAGGAGAUCUAUUACCACGGAGAACCCAUCAGUGUCAAUGUUCACGUCACCAACAACACCAACAAGACUGUGAAGAAGAUCAAAAUCUCGGUACGGCAGUAUGCAGAUAUCUGUCUCUUCAACACUGCUCAGUACAAAUGCCCCGUGGCCAUGGAGGAGGCUGAUGACACGGUGGCUCCCAGUUCUACAUUCUGCAAGGUCUACACACUGACCCCCUUUCUGGCCAACAACCGAGAGAAGCGGGGCUUGGCCCUGGAUGGGAAACUCAAGCACGAAGACACAAAUUUGGCUUCCAGCACUCUGCUGAGGGAAGGUGCCAACCGUGAGAUCCUGGGCAUCAUUGUUUCCUACAAAGUGAAAGUGAAGCUGGUGGUGUCUCGGGGCGGCCUGUUGGGAGAUUUUGCAUCCAGUGAUGUGGCCGUGGAGCUGCCUUUUACCUUAAUGCACCCCAAGCCUAAAGAGGAGCCCCCACAUCGGGAAGUUCCAGAGAGCGAGACUCCAGUAGACACCAAUCUCAUAGAGCUUGACACCAAUGAUGACGACAUUGUAUUUGAGGACUUUGCCCGCCAGAGGCUGAAAGGCAUUAAGGAUGACAAGGACGAAGAGGAAGAUGGCACUGGCUCCCCACACCUCAACAACAGAUAGACUGGAGCCAACCCUCACCCUGGCAGCUCCAGGUCCACGUUUGCACUCGGAUGCUUUCUCGUCUCCUCCCCGUUCUGGUUCCCCCUUCCCUUUUGUUCUUCCAGUUCCUACCAAGGGGCCCCAGUGGUCUUCCAAGUCUCGGUGAUGAGCCUCUGGCCUCAGGACUGGCCUCCCGUCACCAUGCCAGCAGGACCACCGCACACAUCCUCCUCAGCCAUCUCUCUGCGAUCGCCUGUCCACCCCCUUUUCAUGCUCCUUCCCAGAAAGGCCACACCACCUGGCCUUGGGAUUUGGUUUGAGUUGGGGAGCAGAAAGGGGAAGGUGUGUGGCCAGAAGGCCAAAGCGAUGGUGGGUAUGAAGAUGUGGAGACGUUGGGCAAGAUGGAUCAAGACACACAGGAAGAUGUCUGCCGUCCCAGGAGAUGAUGGUUUGGCAGCUAAAAGAUGAGGGUAUUUCAGGCUGGAGAGGACAAGACUGUGAAUGGAUUCUCGAUGCUUUUUUUGUGGUCUAGGCCCACCAGAGACUCCUUCCCCUCCAUCCUCAUCUUUGGUCCAUAUCCCUGUGUUUCAUGAGGGAGGCAACACCCAGACUCCAGACAUGAAGAGCAACGGACUGACUUUCUAGCCAGCAGACACCUAGAUUGAGGCAGGCUACAGAUGCACCCACACAUCUGUUACAGUACCCAUAGGAUGAGUCACUUUAGCUUUGUUGCAUUAUGUGUGGGGGCACGGAGCGGGGACGCGGGUCUCUAACAAACACCAGCCCCUAGCAGUGAGCCGAAACCACUGAGCUGGUUGUCUGAGGGGGUUAAGAGAUGGGGCAGGGCAGGGGAUAAGUAUACAUCCUCUUUUCCCGUAGUGGCUAGUCCUGCAGGAGGCAAGGAUGGAGGGCAACAGGCAGCUGAAACCACCAGUAUCUUCCAGCUUCCUCCAGGGGUUUUACAGUGACUUGGCCCUACAAGCUGGAGGGGCACCGUGCCUGAAACCACCAUUUCUACUGCUAAGAAAGCCUGUCCUGGAAGGUGGCACCCAUCGAGAUGCACUUCCCUGUAGGAAAGCGCCUCCUCUCCCCAAGGGGUGGAUCCCAUUAGUACCUACCGGGGUCGUGGGUACCCAGUAUCCAUCAGGUGGUGUUAGUGUACUUGACGGGGGGUGUCUCCCAGGGUAACAGGACAGACAGGAGGUAAAACAGUACUCAAAGGUAUACUUGUUUGGAUGCUAACUUGUUGUGUGAUCUCGGGCCAGUUCCCUCCCCCUCUUUGGGCCUCAGUUUCUUCAGUUGGAAAGCCAGGAGGCGGACCAGAUGAUCCCAAGAGUUUCCAGUUCUGGUUUCUGUAAAUUUGUGGCUCUCUGAGCUUCUAGUCUACCAGGUGGGGCUGAGGCUGUCAACUGCCCCAUCUGCCUUUAGAGGGGAUUCAUGGGACCUCAGAGGACUCAGGGCUGGGCAGAGCACUGGGUGCACCUUCCUGACUAGGAAGGAUCGUUCUAGGACCCUAGUCGGCUUGUCUGAUGUCAAGUUGUGGUCACAGCUUCUGUGGAUUUCUCUGUCCCAGAGCUAUUAUUUGCUGAGGCUUGCAUGGGAAGUCUGUGGACAACCUUGGGUUUAUCAAAUAUAUUGAUUAGCGGGCAAGAGGAUCUCAUCUCAAUUUCUGUUCUCUUUUCUCAGUUCCGUACUUGCCUAAGAAGGGAGGCCACAACUUUUGUUUGUUUUUGAGGCAGAGUAUCAUGUAGCCUAGGCUAGCCAUGAACCUACUAUGUAGCUGAGAAUGAUUUUGAAUUCCUGAUCCUCUUUUCUCAAGUGCUAGGAUUAUAGGCAUGUCUCAUGACCACUGGCUUCACACUUUAUUUUACAGACUGAAUCCCAACCAUUUUCAGUCCACCAUGUCCAGUAAUUGUAAUAAUUUUUCAUGGUGAAAUGAUCCACAGGCCUUGCACCUUUUAUAUCUUGUAAACGGUCAACUCAAGGCCCCUCUUUGCAGAUUAGAAGAGCCAGUUUGGGGCAGUCGUAGUCGCUGACUAGCCCUGGAAUCAUAACUGCUGACUCUCCUGGCAUCCAGGCCCUGCCAGAGCUAGCUGGGUACUUUUGCACCUAUAGAGUUGAUAAAAAUCUUGAAGAGUUUAAGGCAAGCAUGUGCCUUCCGCUGGCUUCCACUAAAACCUUUGGAGCUGAUACAAGGCCGUUUAGCAUUUGGGCUAGCCCCUCCCUGGCAAACCUCCCUCCCAUCCUUAGCUUGUACAGCCAAGGGUGUCUCAGGCAGAUUUCUUGAACUUCCUGCACCUCGGCAUCCCCACUCACCCUUCGGUUUACCCCACAGAUCAACUGAAAUUCCUCCAGCCGCAGGGAAGUCUCAGAGCUCUCUCUGUUUUGAGCUAGGACUGCCUAAAGGCAACAGUCAAGGUGGAUUCCAGCCAAACCAUCUUUUGUUGACUGCUUUGUUCCUUUAUGCUGGGUGCUGUGGACACUGAGAUGGAUUUUCCUGGCCAGGGGGAAGUGAGAGGCAGUACUGACAGCGCUGGCUACAGCUAGUCAACUCACACAGUGCCCCCGUGUGAGUUUGGACACAGCGGCCCUUCCAGGUGGAAACUACACCGUGGGAGUCUGGAAUUAGGUGUCACUUGCCUCUACUUCACCGUGGUGUGCCGUCAUCCCGGGUGAGGUACUCGGGCUAACGUGUCUCUUUGGCCUCUUCAGUAAGAGGCUUAGAUCCCUUGUCUAGGCCUCCGCUGCAGACACCAUGCCUAACCCCUAUCUCAUGAUAUGGCUCAGUAUUUCUCUGUAGGGCCCUUCUCUGUCCUGGAGUUUUCCUGGCCAGGAAGUACUUGGGAGUGAAACUGGAGGCAAAGGAGCCUCCUGAGGUUCCAGGCAUUCUCCGGUGGUGUUGGCUUUUCCUGUGCUGAGGGACUGGGACUUGUGCCACCAAACAGCCCACACUGGGACUUUCCAGUAGACCAAAGGGCAUAUGUUGAUGCCAGUCUGGGCAGGAAGAGCAUGCUUUGGUAAAAGCUUGUCAGUAGGGGGUGACCAGACUUGCCCAGUAUUCCAGCCAAGAGAAGAGUUCAGUUCCAGAAAGAUAAGGACGGAGUUGCUUGGCUGGACCCUGUGGCCAUUUCAGCUUUGAAGCCCAGAUGGCUCCCGCUGGAGUGUGGCUCACAACCUGAUUCCCACCUGGUGCAGUGAAAGGGAGGCACCAUUGUCCUGAAAGUCCCCAGGGCCACCUCUCAGUCCCUACUGACUGGAACAAUAGCCUUUGUCUGCUUUGUUUGUGGGAUUGCUAUGAGGCUGAGAAGAGAGCAAGGAGCCAGCACUCUGUAGGCUGCAACCUGCUAUACAGAGGUGGCCCUGUCACCGCAGGGAUGAGGCUCUGAGGUCACACAGGAAUCUUGCCGUAGAAUGAGCCCUCUGUUUGCCAGUCUCUGUCUUUUGUCCUGAUUUUCCUGGUUAGAUGUCAGCCACAAUGACAAUUAGCUGUUGUGGCCUAGGCGACCACACUGGGGAGAAAUGUAGGUGCUAUUGUCCAAGAAUGGGCCCCAGCAACCAGAACACAGAAGACAUGGGCAUUGACAGUGGUAAGGGGCCAGGGAGGAACAUCCUGGACUCUCCUGGGCCGGGAUUCACCCACCUCCUAGAGCCCGCAGAAGUUAAGAAACCUGGACUCUGACCAUAGAUCAGAUUGCUGAACCCACCCUUGUGCUACCCAAGAAAUCCAAGGGUGAGAGGAAACAGAUGUUGCCUCUUCUAAGUAUAAGAUUCUGUCCAGGACCUACAGAACCACCACAGCUCCUUGGAGACCUUUGGGAAUGUCCAGUCCUCUUGCUCUGAGAGCUGAGCCCUGGCUGAUCCAUUCACAGUAGCUGCCACACCCCAGAGGCAGCUCUCUCCCACCAAUGGCUAACGCCUGUGUGAGUGGCUUCCAUCCACCAGAAGGGGCUAGGCUCCAAGCUUGAACUCCCAGGACCCAGGCAGGUACCUGUUCUGAUAGUUACUCUUUUUAAAGUUAAGGACCAAAUGAGACUCCUCUGAUUUUUAUUCACACAGCCUGUCUUGGGCCUGAUCCGGGCAGCUCUCUAACUCCUGUCCUCCCUCCUGGCCUGAAGCAGCCUACUGGUGGGGACAGAUCCACCCCUCUGCCACCCCCAUGCACACUGGCUUCACAGGGAGGUUCGUGGGAGGGGAAGCACUCCUCCCUCAACAUUACCAACCUGUCAUCCCCCAAAAGGGAAAUCACAGUCAAAGCACAGGUCCCUGGGACCCACCGUCUGCCCCAGGUACCGUGGAGGUGUUCCACACAGCCUUGCUGGGGCUGCUGCCAGGGGAAGUUGGGGAAGGGGCGAAAGGCCAGGUCUCUGGCCUUUUCCUCAUUCCUGCUUCCUCCAGAAUAACUCUGCACUUAACUCUCUUGUCUUUCGAGGUUUCACUUUUAAACUCUGCUUUGAAGAAAAGCUUCAGACCAUUCUGAGGUUUGAUCUUAGACCAGCAAGCACAGGCUCUCCUCUUGCUCUUUGUGUGUUGGGGUGACUCCCGCAAGUGCUGAUGCGAAGAUACUUUGUGUCACCAGGUCCUAGCAUUUGAACACACAUGCGCUUGUUUUCUAAUUGAGCCACCCCAGAGCUUGGGGAUGAGUUGGAUGUGGGCUGGAAACUUAUGCUCACUGACGGGAGGGCUUGGCCCCGAUAUUGACACGUGCUGCAUGGGGAACACGGAGUCUCCACUCGGGACUCGUUCUCAGGCAAGGCCCUGUGGCUCAACAGGAAGAGCAGGGCCAUGGGAGGAGAAGCUAGGGCUGGCUUCUAUACACAGCCAAGGAGUGGGAAUCCAGGUUCACAGAAGAGAUAUACCAGGGAGGGCGUUUGUGAGGCUGGAUUCUCCAGAGAUGUUUUAGGUAUGUCUUCCUUGAGUGCAUCUCCUAGGAUCCCACUUCCACACCCAUGGAUGCCCAUGUGCACAACAGGAGGCUUUUGUGCCCCAGAGGCUGAUUCCCCUCCUGUAGUCCGUCAGCUUCCUUCCAUGCUGAUCUGCACGCUUACGGGAAUUCACCUGCACCACAGCUCAUUGCUGAAACUUGGGCUAGCCUUUGGCACAGUCCUGCCUGGACCUCCUGGCAUUCUAGGUGAGGAUAUGAAGCUCAGGGCACUGCUAACCACAUGGCAUGGGAGAAAGAUGUUUAUGUUCAGUCUAAACGUGACUUAGGAGACCCCACUGACCUCAGGUUCCCUAUGUGUAAAGGGCUAGUACCAGGCUCUGCCCACCUCACAGGGACGACCGGAAGAGAGGUCCUAUGAGGGGCAGCCUGUGUGAGGGAAUAGGGUCUUGCCUGGGUUGCCGACCUACAGAGCCCACAGCAGAAUGAAAAUACGGGAUAAUCUGUCUUCCCUGGGCAUCUCCACUCGGUGUUAGGUCCAGACGCAACUGCUGCCGGGCUGCCUCUUCCGAGGGGUGGGAGCUGAUGUGUGUCCUGGGUGUGGUGGGGAGGGGCGGCUGGGGCAGCCUCGGGUCUGUGACCCUCUGUGAAGUGAUGGUUUUGGCACAUUCAUUCCUGGACCACAUCCAGGUCAACCUGUCGUUCCUGUGGCUGCCCUUGUUCUGUGAAGUCAUUAUAGUUUAUUCAGCUCCAACAGGACAGAUGAGCAAAAUGAA